CAUUCAUUCCGAUUCGGUUGCUCAGACAGUAAGAACAUGGACUACGAAAAUAUUAAAUUUUAAUUCAGAGAAGGAAGCCGAGCGGGCUGCUCGUUACUGUUGUUUUCAUUAUGCGAGCAACAAAUUUAUGUAAAAAACAAACAAUUAAAACUAAGCGAAACCACAUACAUAUGCCGGGUUAAACUCUGUAAAGCUAGAGUUUAUUUAAGUGCAGACAAAUCUAGAGUUUACUUAAAUCCUGAAUAUGUUGUGCAUAGCCAUGGCCCUCAGAGUGAUGAAAUGGAAAAAAUCAGUGCUCUUAGUGAAAUAAAACUGAAGUGCGAAAAUAAUAGCAAUUUCGACACCAAAAAAGUAUUCAAUGAUGUUCUUGCUGAGAAAACAAAAGGUGAAGCGGAGAUUUAAAUAAAUUAUGACUCUGUCAAACGCACUUUGCAAAGAAAAAGACAGCCUUUCUUGCCAAAGCCUCCAUCUUCUGCAGAGAAUGUUCUGGAAGCUUUUCAAGACGAAAAUAUUAUGAACCGUUUUGGAAUAACCAAGGGAAAUACUGCAAAUCAGUUCUAUAAAAAAGUGUACGCAUCGAGCUCGUUUGCUUAUUGCAUAUUUUCAUCAGACAAGGUAAUCACCUUGAUGCAAGCCAACAUUCCGGAGCAUAAUAGGCAUUAUUUAAUUGAUGCUACAUUUAAAGUGUGCCCUUUUGGAGAUUUUAAGCAACUUUUAAUAAUUUAUAUUAAAUAUUUGCAGAAGAUAACCCCUUUUGUUUUUGUUUUGAUGACUCGCAAAACGGAGCUGUGUUAUCAGCACUUAUUCACAUAUAUAGACUCGAACAUUUGCUGCCUUAAAGGAGCAUCCUUUAUAUCAGAUUACGAAAAGGCAAUGCGUAACGCGUUAAAAGGUCUGCAUCCCAACAUGAAUUUUUACGCCUGUUGGUUUCAUUUUACUCAAGCAUGCAAGAAAAAUGCCAAGCAAUCGAGUGGUUUUGAAAAUACGCUGAAAUGCAAUAAGAAAGCUUACAUGCUAUUUAUGAAAUUUUUGCACUUGCCGCUUUUACCAGAAAGCAAAAUUGUCGAAGCAUUUAACCUUCUAAAAGGCGAAGCAAUAAACUUAAAGAAGCUGUUUUCUCCAUUUUUUAAAUAUUUUAAUAGACAGUGGCUUAAAAAGGAGGGACCAAAAAGCAUAUCCGUGUUUAAGAGGUCAACUAGAACCACGAGCUCAGUAGAAGCUUAUAAUUUGAAUUUGGGAAAUAAAAUUCGAGCAAAUGGGCACUUUUGUAAAUUUGUUCAAUGUCUUAUUGAUGCAGAAAAUGAAAAAAGUCGCGAGUUUGCUUUACUCUUUCAAAAUGGUGGUAAUGGAAAUCAGACACAGAAGAAGAAAUUACGUGAUCGCUCAAAAAAAAUAAUGGACGCAAUGGAUCUUUUUGAAAGUUGCAAAGUUGGUCAGCUGGCAGCAGCUGGCGAACUCUGAUCAAUACCAUGACAUGUUCAUUCUGAUGCGCUCGUUUUUCCUCGUCAUAAUUAUGUGGAUUAAUCGUCACGAGUUUCUCGAAAGUGAUCUUGGAGAGAAAAUGCGCACAUACUUCCUAACCGUGUGCAAGGUAUUGUGUAAAAAAACCGACAUCGAAUCAGACUUUGCCAUGACGCUGGAGCGAUUCAUUGCCCUCUGCGUUGUACGUGCAGCAAGGAUACAUGAACCCUAAUGGUCCCUAAUGCUAAGAGAUUACCAUAAGUGUAUUUUUUUUUAUUUGUCGGUCCAUAUGGAGAAUAUCCAAGGGGCUGAGUACCAAUCCAGCUGCAGAUGCAUCCGCAAUAAAUGUUUUUAUAAAGUUAAAAAAAAA